AUUCUCUGUCUGCUCCCAUUAUCUUUGUAUAAUUACAUACUGCAACUGCUACAGGCGCUAUUGUACUAUUUAUCUACAGCAGUUAUCUUAUCAAAGGGGAAUAUUUGGAGGUAGCUGAGGCCUGAGAGAAAGAAAGUCAAACAUGGAGAUUCGAUAUCUUGUCUCCUGUGUACUAGCCCUGGACCUUUUGUUGUCCACCACUGAAAGUUCAAACCCAUUUCAUUAUUCUACUAAGCUAAACCGGAGUAGUUUCCCGGCUGGUUUUCUAUUUGGAGCUGGAUCAAGUGCUUACCAGUAUGAAGGAGCAGCAUAUGCGGACGGCAGGAAAAGAAGUAUCUGGGAUACUUUUGUAAUUGAAAAUCCAGAAAAAAUUGCAGAUCAUAGUACUGGGGAUGUAGCCGAUGAGUUCUAUUAUCUCUGUAAGGAGGAUGUUGCUCGGAUGAAAGAAAUUGGUUUAGACUCAUUCAAAUUCUCCAUCUCCUGGCCUAGAGUAAUACCUCAGGGAAAACUCAGUCGAGGAGUGAAUUGGGAAGGUGUCAAAUUCUACAAUGAUCUCAUCAAUGAGCUUCUAUCGAACGGUAUAGAGCCCUUCAUCACAUUGUUCCACUGGGAUCUUCCACAAGCCCUGGAAGAUGAAUAUGGUGGAUUUCUGAGCCCACAGAUUGUAGAUGAUUUUCGCGACUAUGCAAAUUUCUGCUUCCAAGAAUUUGGCGAUCGAGUAAGGUACUGGAUCACUUUGAAUGAGCCAAAUUUAUUUAGUAAAAGUGGGUAUGCAACCGGAGAGUAUGCACCCGGUCGUUGUUCCAACUAUAUUGGAAAUUGCACAGAAGGGAACUCUGGAACAGAGCCCUAUAUGGUAACCCACCACCUGAUUCUUUCUCAUGCAACUGCCGCAAAUUUAUACAGGCACAAGUAUCAGGCUUCUCAAAAGGGAAUAAUUGGGCUAGCAGUAAGCACCAGAUGGCAAGUACCUAAAUAUCAAACAGUUUCUAGCAAAAAAGCUGCCCUUAGAGCUCUCGAUUUUUUUGUUGGUUGGAUUGUUCAUCCAGUGACAUUUGGUGACUACCCGAAGACCAUGAGAGAUUUAGUUGGGAAUCGAUUGCCCAAUUUCACAGCUGAACAAUCUGUUUUGGUAAAAGGUUCUCUCGAUUUUCUAGGAGUCAAUUACUAUACUGCAAGGUAUGCAGAAGACUCUAAUACUAGCAGCAUCCUUCUAAGUUACACAACAGAUAGUCAUGUUAACGAGACCGUUGAGAAAAAUGGCAUUCCUAUUGGUGAACUGACAGGAGCUAGCUGGCUUUAUAUGUACCCGAAAGGAAUUCGAGAAAUUGCAAUGUAUAUAAGAAAAAGUACAACCUUCCCAUGUAUAUUACUGAGAAUGGAGUGGCAGAUGCAAAUAAUGUUCAUUACCAGUAGAUGAGCUCUGAGAGAUAGCUUGAGGAUAACAUACCAUCAACUUCAUCUGUCAUAUCUCCUACAGCCAAGUUAGUUCAGCAUUUCAUUAGAAUUAUUUUCCUAUUUAAAUUCUUUUUUUCUCUUAAUUCAUUGUAUUCAU